ACUCUCACCUCCUCCUUUAGAUCCGUCGCACACACACACACCAAACCCUAACACAUAUAUAGAUAUAUAUAUAUAUAUAUAUAUAGAUACAUAACACCGAUCUUAAAGAGAUUCAAUCUUUUUGAAUCUCUUUUUGUUCAAUUCAUAUCUUCCUCGACAUAACCCAGGAUUUUAUUUAAUAUCAGCAAUGGCGGCCCCAGCAGCGACACCUCAGCCACCUGUUUCUGCUCAAGUUGUUGGGAAUGCGUUUGUUCAGCAAUAUUAUCACCAUCUACACCAGACUCCUACUUCAGUGUAUAAGUUUUAUCAGGAUAUUAGUAAACUUGGGCGUCCCGAGGAGGAUGGUACUAUGAGCAUAACUACUACCAUGGAUGAUAUUAAUUCUAAAAUCCUAUCUCUCAACUACGAUCAGAUUAGGGCUGAGAUCAAAUCUGUUGAUUCACAAGAAUCUCUGAAUGGUGGAGUCAGUGUCCUAGUCACUGGGUACAUGACUGGAAAAGACAAUGUUCUUCGAAAGUUCACCCAAUCUUUCUUUCUCGCACCACAAGACAAAGGGUACUUUGUCUUAAAUGAUAUCUUCCGUUACGUUGAGGAUGCGUUUCAUAUUGAAGGAAAAAGGACUCCUGCAGAGGACUUGGAGGCUCCUGUCAAUCCUGAAGAAGUGACUGAAAGUGUUCCUUUGGUUGAGAAUAAUAUUCCCGAACAAGUUGAGGUUCUGACCAAGGAACCCCUAGUGGAAGAGGCUAUUGAUCUUCCAGAGAAGGUGGAAGUGACUGUUGUAGAGGAGGAAGAGCCAAUGCCUGAAGUUGUUGAUGAAGUUCCAGAAGUAUCUCAGCUGGUGGUUGACACCAAUGCCAAAAUUGAGGAAGUGCCAAAGAAAUCAUAUGCUUCUAUUGUUAUGGACAUGAAGCAGAAUGGUGUGCCUUUCUCAUCUCCUGCACCUGCCCCAAGGAAAUCUAAACCAAGGAACCAAGAGCAGCAGGUGAACAAUGCUCCACCAAUUGCCCCUGCCCCUGAUGCAGCAGCUUCUAAUGCUGAUGCUGUUGAAAAUGGUAUUCACGAGGAAGAAGCUGAGGGUUAUUCCGUCUACAUCAAGGGUCUCCCUAUGAGUGCUACACCUGCUAUGCUGGAGGAUGAGUUCAAGAAGUUUGGGUCUAUUAAGCCUAAUGGCAUUCAAGUUCGAAGCAACAGGCAACAGGGAUUUUGUUUUGGCUUUGUUGAAUUUGAGUCCCCAGAUGCUGUUCAAAAGGCAAUUGAGGCUUCACCAGUCCCACUUGGAGGACGAAAUGUUAUUGUUGAGGAGAAGCGGUCCACAAACUCCAGAGGAAUACGUGGAAGAUUCCCUGCUGGAAGGGGCACUGGAUUUAGAAAUGAGGGAGUGAGGGGCCGUGGAAACUUUAGUGGUGGAAGAGGCUUCAAUCGUGCAGGUGGUGAUUUUGGAGGUGGAAGGAACGAUUUUGGCGGUAACAGGAGUAGUGGUGGUGGGCGUGGAGCAGCCCCAAAUCGUGGUGGUGAUGGAUAUCAAAGGGAGCGUGUGAAUCGGAACAUGGGUGUUAAUGGAGCAACCAAGAAUAUGGCACCACGUGUUCCAGCUACCGCUUGAACGAGCGAGUGAUGGAGGUUUUGUCGGGCAUUGGUAGGGGGGAUUAAAGACUUUGAUUGGUUUAGUUGGGAAAUUUUUGUCUAACUUGGAAGAUAGAUAGAGUUGGGGUUUUGGUCAAUUGUGUUGUGUAGUUAUAGUCUUCGAUUCAUAGCUAUUUGUAUUCUUUUUUUCUUCUUUCUUCUUUUUGUUGGAAGUGGAUUUUGGUAGAGUAGAGAUUAUUACGUUAUUAUUGGUUGUACGACUGCUUAUUAUUGCCUGAACGUAAGGAAAUUAUGAUUGUGUUGUCGGUCCAUUUGGUAA